UUAACUGCGUAACUCGUGUAGUUACACAAACCCGUUGUAAUAGAGCAAACAACAGCUACCAUAGCUAGUUAGUUUCUAGGAUACAAACAAACCGACUAUAACUCGCCUCUUUCCGUGGUUUGCUUGUUAAGCAGAGAGUAUUGUAGUUUUAAGUAUUGUAGUAUUGUAGUCUGUAUAUUGGUUGGGAUGCCUUUUUGGCCGUUUUGGGAUGGCAGUAAUGACUAGUUGUUUAGCGUACCUCCGUUAUUUGGUGGUAUGAGUGCCUUACCAAACAUCUUCACAUUAUUCAGCUUGAAUAGCUGGUCCAAGUUGAAUGGCGGCUUCCUGGGCAUUAAGAAGGAUCUGCAUGUUCAACUUCUCCUGGACCUGAUGAUGAGUGAUAUGCGUCAGUCGUUGCUACGUCGAGAUGCGCUGAGCGCCGCUAAAGAGGUGCUGUACCAUCUGGAUAUCUACCUGUCUGGCCAGGUUCAGAAUAACCCCUCCCCCUCGGUGGACACGCCCACUCUGGAGCUAGUGGAGGAGUUUAUCCUGCACAGGAGGAUGAGUGCCUUACAGGAGCUGCAGCUGUUGGAGAUCAUGUGCAGCUGUUUCCAGGAACAGAGUCGAGACGCUGUGAGACAACUCAUCUUCUCUGCCCUGUUCACUCUACAAGGUAACCAGGCUGACGAGAGUCGCAUGGCGUUGCUAGGCAAGCUAGUCUCCAUGGCGAUCGCUGUGGGCAGGGUCCCCAUCCUGGAGUGUGCUGCUACCUGGUUACAGCGGUCCCAUCCUGUCUACUGUAGAAGACUAGCCAGAGUGUUGGUGGAUGACUAUUGUUCCCUACUUCCUGGUUCCAUGGUUCCAACCCUCAACAACCUCAGCUGUUCCUGUCCUCCAUUCUGCUGCCAGUUCAUCACUGCUGUUACCACCCUGUAUGACCUCUCUACAGAGGAGUUGACUCCCCCUGUACAGCUGCUACAGAUGGUGGUGUCCUGGAUCCAAGACCAACCUCGAUUGGUCCUCAUCACUCUGCUGAACACACCCCCCUCCUCCAGUCAGCCAAUCGGCUCCCUGGACCUCACACCUCUGGCUGGGCUGGUGCGCUGGUGUGUCAAAGCCCCAUUGGCUUACAGAAGAGACGGGAAGCAGGACUUGGCCAAUGGGAUGACAGAGACUGAGCUGGAGGCAGGGCCUCUCUUCUCUGAGCUACAUCUCAGUGUCCUGCAGGUGUUGCUGCUCCUCCCGGGCGUUCUGAGAGAGAAGGGGCUUCUGGGUCGCCUGGCGUUGCUGCAGCCCGACCAGCUGACUUCUCUGAUCUCUGACCUCUCUGGUCUUCUGGAGGAGCUGAACCCUCUCCACUCGGAUACACAAACACACAUCCAGCUCACUCUGGAUAGGCUGGCCCAGGCCCUGCAGGUGUCCAUGGCAGCAGGGGCGCUGCUCUGCUCUAGAGAGGACCUGAGAGCUCUCUGUUCCCGCCUCCCACACAACAAUUUGCUCCAGCUGGUGAUGUCUGGUCCAGUGCAGCAGAGUGGAUUCUACCCCCACAUCCACACCCCUCCUCUGGGGUACAGCCCCCGGCCCAGCCCCUUAGGACCUCACCCCUCCUCUCACUCUCCCCAUCCCUCCUUCCCUUCUCCACCUUUCCUUCCAAGCAUGGCCUUUCCCUUCCGCCCCAGCCACUAAAGAGAUGUGUGGACACAUGGAAGACAACAUUGGUGUAUACUGAGUAUUUGGACUGUUUGUCAAAUCAAUCUGUUUUACCAUGUUUCAUUAAUAAAUGGUACACCCUUCCACCCAUGUUUUGUAUAAUAAAUUGACCACAGCCUGUAUGCCCUCCCACCUAUGUGUUCAUUAAUAAAUUGACCACAGCCUGUA